AUGGGGUUUGGCAAGCAUAAAGAGUGGUGGAGUCUAGUAAGGGGCGGGGGCUCCCCGGGAGGGCUGGUGGUGGAGAGUUUGGACGUUUUCGUGUGCCUGUUUUUGCUUGAAUGGCCGAAGGAGCUGCUGCAGCUGGAGCCCAGCCUGGUUUGGGGCCCCGUGUCCUUUGAGGAGGUGGCCGUGUAUUUCACGGAGAAGGAGUGGGCUCUGCUGGAUCCGGGCCAGAGAGCUCUUUACAGGGAAGUCAUGCUGCAGAAUUUUUGGAAUGUGGCCUCUCUAGAAAGCUCUUGGACCUCCAAACCUGACCUCAUCUCCUGGCUGGAGGAAGUGGAUGAGAUGUCUGUUAGGGAUUUCAAGGAAGCGAUGCGGUCAACAGAAGGAGACAAGGGGGAACAAAAUGAAGUGAAUGCUGGAGGAGAUGAGGAGAUGGAAGUGGAAGAAGAAACUGGAAAUCAAGAAUGUGGAAAGUGCUUCAGGCUGAGCCCAAGCCUUACUUCUCACCAAAGGAUUCACACAGGGGGAAAACCUUAUAGCUGCUUGGAGUGUGGGAAGAGCUUCACUUCCAGGACAGGCCUUACUUCUCACAAGAAGAUUCACACUGGGGAGAAGCCAUACAAAUGCUUGGACUGUGAAAAGAGCUUCAGUCGGAAGACAGACCUUACAUGUCACCAGAGGAUUCACAGUGGGGAGAAACCAUAUAAAUGCUUGGAGUGUGGAAAGUGCUUCAGUCAGAGCACAAGCCUUUCGGUACAUCACAGGAUUCACAUCAUGGAGAAGCCAUAUAAAUGCUUGGAGUGUGGAAAGAGCUUUAGGCAGAAAGCACACCUUGCUUUUCAUGAAAGGAUUCACACAGGGGAGAAGCCAUAUAAAUGCUUGGAGUGUGGAAAGUGCUUCAGUCAGAGCACAGGCCUUUCAAGCUUCAGGCGGAAAAUAUACCUUGCUUUUCAUCAAAGGAUUCACACAGGGGACAAACCAUAUAAAUGUCUGAAGUGUGGGAUGAGCUUCAGUAGGAAUCACAAUCUUACUUCCCACCAAAGAAUUCACACAGGUGAGAAACCAUAUAAAUGUAUGGAGUGUAAAAAGUGCUUCAGUAGGAGAGCACACCUUGUUUCUCACCAAAGGAUUCACACUGGGAAGAAACAUGUCAGUGAAGCCUCUCCCAGUCUCAGAGAGGACACAUCAGCCAUUCUCUCUGACAUUCCUACAUCUGAAUAG